AUGCGGCCUGAAGAUGACGAGCACCAUGAGACAGGGGAGAACGCAGAAGAUUCGUCCAGGAUUAUAGCAGAAGCCAUCCGCGCCCGACGACAGUUUCUGUACGGAACGGGUUCGGUGGUCGCUACCUUGUUGGGCUUGGUGUCGCUUGUGCUGUUCGUAUUCUACUUCGCCGGCGGCGGCGCCAGGGAGCCGGACCCAUCACUGUCCAGCCUGGGACAGUACAGCCGCUGGGCCGUCAUCACCGACGUACCUGCGUGCAAGCACAUACCAAGGGAGGUGUAUUCAAAGAACGGCACAAUGGCUGACGCCGCCGUGGCUACCAUGCUUUGCAUGGGCGUCGUGCACCCGCACGCGUCGGGCAUCGGCGGUGGAUUCGUGGCGCUGUACUAUCACAAAAUCACUAAACGAGCCCGCGUGCUGAUUGCCACCGAGACUGCUCCCAAGUCUGCCCGCCGUGAGAACUUCACCGACAGCAAGGCACUGCGCAGCGGCUGGAAGUCCGUGGGUGUACCCGCGGCGCUGUACGGCUACUACGCUCUACUCUCCGAGCUUGGCUCGACGUACCAGUGGGAGAAGUUGUUCGAGGUGGCCCACUACAAGGCUUCCGAGGGCGUCGACGUGGACGAGGGGCUGGCGAACGCCAUCAAGUACAUGGGCGAACAGAUUAAGCGCGAGGACACGCUCAAGGGCAGCACAGCAUCAUCGUAUGACGCUCGACCGCAAACACGCAGGCCCGUCUUCUGGAAUACAUACACUAAGGACCUGUACCGCGAAGGUCAACUACUACGGAAUCCGCCUCUGUCUCGGACGCUCAAGACACUGUCCGAGAAAGGAUUUAAUACGUUCUACACGGUGACCAAAGAAAGGAACACCACUAUAGGGGACGCCCUCAUCCAAGAUCUGACCGCCGGCGACGCUAGGGACUUCAUAAGCGAAGGUGCGCACGGCACCAGUUCUCUUGUGACCGGCACUGACCUGGGCAACUACCAGCCCGUUUGGAAGGACGCGCUACGCACAACGCUCCGCGGCGGACCCGCCGGCGACUUGACGAUGUACACCGCGCCGCCGCCUACGGCCGGCGCCGUGCUCUCGUACAUAAUGAACGUCAUGAACGUCAAGCGGAUACGCGACGACCCGACGCGAAGCCAGCAGUACGCUAUCACACUCGCCAACAUGCACUACCUGGCCGAGACGUUCAAGUACGCGCUCCAGAAGCGCUCCAACCUCGGUGACGACGACUACGUCGACAUACGGAAGGAGGUGCAGGAUAUGCUGUCCACGCACUACGCAUCGGACACCUUCAACAACAUACUGCCGGAAAGAGCGAGAAAGCCCGAGGACUACCUGCGCGGCGUCGUGGCGCAGUCUGACAAGGGCACCAGCAACCUCAUCCUGUACUCGCCCUCUGGAGACGCGCUUGUCAUCUCGAGCACACUUCACAACGCGUUCGGCAGCUUGCGCAUGUCACGCCAGACGGGCGUUCUGCUCAACAACGCGCUGACCGACUUCAGCGAUCUGGACAUGGCGACUCGGGUGGUGGACACCAGCGGGAGCGACAGCGAAGUGUCCGAGAGCGACGCCCGGCGCGCCAAUAGCAUGGCGCCCUUCAAGCGGCCCGUGACCUCCAUGUCUCCGAUGCUGGUGCUCGGACCAAACGGGUCGCUGAUGGCACUCGCCGGUUCCGGGGGACUGCGCAUUCCCACGAGCAUGGCCCAGCCAUGA